AUGCGGGGGGACCCGGCGGCCGGGCGGCCGGCGCUGCCGCCGCCGUUGCUGCUAAUGCUGCUGCUGCUGCUGUCGCGGGCCGCGGCGCUGCACCCAAGCGAGCUCUUCCCCUAUGGGCAGUCGCGAGGGGACCAGCUCCUGCAGGAAGGCGACGACGAAAGCUCAGCCGCCGUGAAGCUGACGUUUUCCUUGCGCUUCUACGAUGCUCAAUUCAGCGACCUCUACGUGGGCACCAACGGCAUCAUCUCCACCCAGGACUUCCCCAGGGAGACCCAGUAUGUGGACGACGAUUUCCCCACAGACUUCCCGGCCAUCGCCCCCUUCCUGGCCGACAUCGACACCAGUGGCGGCAGGGGCCGGGUCCUGUACCGCCAGGACACCUCUCCGGCGGUGCUGGGCCUGGCCGCCAGCUACGUGCGCACAGGCUUCCCGCUUUCCGGCGCGCACUUCACUCCCACCCACGCCUUUCUGGCCACCUGGGAGCAGGUGGGCGCCUACGAAGAAGCCAAGCGUGGGGCCCCGCCCUCGGGAGAGCUGAAUACUUUCCAGGCAGUGUUGGCAUCUGAUGAAUCUGACACCUACGCCCUCUUUCUUUAUCCUGCCAAUGGCCUUCAGUUCUUUGGAACACGCCCCAAAGAAUCUUACAAUGUCCAGCUCCAGCUUCCAGCCCGAGUGGGCUUCUGCCGAGGAGAGGUUGAUGAUCUGAAUAGACAGGGACCAUAUUUCAGCUUGACUAGCACUGAACAGUCUGUGAAAAAUCUCUACCAACACAGCAACCUGGGCAUUCCUGGAGUGUGGGCUUUUCACAUAGGCAGCACUUCCCCGUUGGACAACGUCAGGCCAGCGACCAUUGGAGGAGACCUUUCCAAAGCCCGUCCUUCGGCUCCUCUGGGACAGUCCUUCAGCCAUGCCGUGGCCCUGGAGGAUGACUACACUCAGGACCCUUUGGAUGAUUAUGAUGAGAAUGAGGAGGAAAUCGAAUACCCGCCUAGUGAGCCAGCGGAGGCAUCAAAUGGCCACAGCUCAGUCGAGGUUUCUUUAAGAGGUAGGAUCUCUGCUCCAGAUUCUGACCUGGCCUCCCCUGUGCCACGUUCAGCAUCUCGGGGUGGGCCUGAAACAGAAUCUUCCCCCUUGGACCCUCACACCAAAGAGAGGAGACCUCAGGGGGAGACCGAUGCCUCGGAUUUAAAAGGGCGAGUCGAGUCUUCUGAACAGCCAGGGACCAGAGUCCCUGCUCCUCCAGAGACUGAAGGAGAUUCACCUGCUCCUCCCGGGGAAGCCCCGCCGCCCUCCCCAGAGGGAGGAGCCGGGCCAGCGGACCAGGAUGCUCUUCCAGCCCAUCCGGGUGGGGAGGCGGCCCUUCCCAACUACCCUGGGCCCGACCACGCCCCGCACCUGGGUCACCGGAGGCAAGUGGUCGGGGUGGAGGAUGACAUCAGCUCCAACACUGAGGUCUUCACAUACAAUGCUGCCAACAAGGAGACCUGUGAACACAAUCACGAGCGCUGCUCCCGGCAUGCCUUCUGCACUGACUAUGCCACGGGUUUCUGCUGCCACUGCCAGUCCAGGUUUUACGGGAACGGGAAGCACUGUCUACCCGAAGGGGCACCUCAUCGAGUCAAUGGGAAGGUGAGUGGGCACCUCCUCGUGGGCCACACACCUGUGCACUUCACCGACGUGGAUCUGCACGCUUACGUGGUGGGCAACGACGGCAGAGCCUACACGGCCAUCAGCCACAUCCCGCAGCCCGCUGCCCAGGCCCUUCUCCCACUCACGCCGAUCGGAGGCCUAUUUGGCUGGCUCUUUGCUUUAGAAAAACCAGGCUGGGAGAACGGCUUCAGCCUCACAGGUGCUACCUUUAUUCAUGACGUGGAAGUUACUUUCUACCCAGGAGAGGAGAGGGUUCGAAUCACUCAAACUGCUGAGGGGCUGGACCCAGAGAACUACCUGAGCAUUAAGACCAACAUUCAAGGCCAGGUGCCUCACAUCCCGGCAAACUUCUCCGCCCACAUGGCUCCCUACAAGGAACUCUACCACUACGCAGACUCAGCUGUGACCUCCACAAGUACCAGAACCUACUCUCUCAUGUCUGGUGCCACCAACCAAACACGGUCCUACCGCAUCCACCAGAACAUCACUUACCAGGUGUGCAGGCAUGCCCCCAGACACUGGGCCGUCCCCAUCACCCAGCAGCUGAAUGUUGACCGGGUCUUUGCCUUGUACUCGGAUGAAGAAAAAGUGCUCAGAUUUGCCGUGACCAAUCAAAUCGGCCCUGUUGAAGGAGACUCCGAGCCCACCCCAGUGAAUCCUUGCUACGAUGGGAGCCACACAUGUGCCACCACAGCUCGGUGCCAUCCGGCGACAGGUGUGGACUACACCUGCGAGUGUGCAUCUGGGUACCAGGGAGAUGGACGGAGUUGCGUGGAUGUCAAUGAAUGUGCAACUGGCUUCCACCGCUGCGGCCCCAACUCUGUGUGCGUCAACUUGCUGGGGAGCUACAGAUGUGAGUGCCGGAGUGGUUACGAGUUUGCAGACGACCGGCAUACCUGCAUCUUGAUCGCCCCACCUCCCGACCCCUGUGAGGAUGGCCGUCACAACUGUGCUCCCGCCAGCCAGGCCCGGUGCAUUCACCAUGGAGACGGCUCCUUCAGCUGCGCCUGCCUGCCUGGUUAUGCCGGAGAUGGGCACCGGUGCACCGAUGUUGACGAAUGCUCGGAAAACAGAUGUCACCCCUCGGCCACCUGCUCCAAUACCCCUGGCUCCUUCUCCUGCCGCUGCCAACCUGGAUAUUACGGGGAUGGAUUUCAGUGCACACCUGAGCCCACCCAGAGGCCCCGGACCGUCUGUGAGCGCUGGAGGGAAAGCCUGCUGGAGCACUACGGGGGCACCCCCAGGGACGACCAGUACGUGCCUCAGUGCGAUGACCUGGGCCACUUCACCCCACUGCAGUGCCAUGGCAAGAGUGACUUCUGCUGGUGUGUCGACCAGGACGGCAGAGAGGUGCAGGGCACCCGCUCGCAGCCGGGCAUCACCCCUGCAUGCAUACCCACCGUGGCUCCGCCCACAAUCCGGCCCACACCCCGGCCCGAUGUGACCCCUCCGCCGGUGGGCACCUUCCUGCUGUAUGCCCAGGGCCAGCAGAUUGGCCACUUGCCCCUCAAUGGUACCAGGCUUCAGAAGGACGUGGCCAAGACCCUGCUGUCGCUGCAUGGCUCAAUAGUCGUGGGAAUUGACUAUGACUGCCGGGAGAGGAUGGUGUACUGGACAGAUGUUGCUGGACGGACAAUUAGCCGUGCCAGUUUGGAACCAGGAGCAGAGCCCGAGACGGUCAUUAACUCAGGUCUAAUAAGCCCCGAAGGUCUUGCCAUCGACCACUUCCGCAGAACAAUGUACUGGACGGACAGCGGCCUGGAUAAGAUAGAGAGGGCCAGGCUGGACGGCUCUGAGCGUAGGGCCCUCUUCCACACGGACCUGGUGAACCCUCGUGCCAUCGCUGUGGAUCCAAUCCAGGGCAACCUGUACUGGACAGAUUGGAAUCGAGAAGCACCUAAGAUUGAAAUGUCGUCUUUAGAUGGAGAAAACAGAAGAAUUCUAGUGAAUAAAGACAUUGGACUACCGAAUGGUUUAACCUUUGACCCCUUCUCCAAACUGCUCUGCUGGGCAGAUGCAGGAACUAAAAAACUGGAGUGUAUACUACCUGAUGGAACUGGACGGCGUGUCAUUCAAAACAACCUCAACUACCCCUUCAACAUUGUGAGCUACGCAGAUCACUUCUACCACACCGACUGGAGAAGGGAUGGUGUUAUAGCAGUAAACAGGGACACUGGCCAGUUUACUGACGAGUAUCUUCCAGAGCAGCGAUCUCACCUCUAUGGGAUAACUGCAGUCUACCCCUACUGCCCAGGAAGAAAGUAA